CCUUUGGUCUAUACUUAGACUCCGAACCGAAACUGGCGGGCGAGAACCGAGGAGUCCCCAAGCCACGCCACUCCACCCCAAUUUCCAUGUGAGAGCCGAGGACGCAAGCGAGAGCGGAGGAGCCACAUCCGGAUCUGCAUCCUGCCGCUCAACUCGACCGCGCGUUCACGCCACAGGCAGGACUCAGGAGGAAGAGAAUCGAUGGUGCACGGAACGCUGGAGGUGCUGCUCGUCGGCGCCAAGGGCCUCGAGAACACCGAUUACCUCUGCAAUAUGGAUCCGUACGCACUUCUCAAAUGCCGCUCGCAGGAGCAGAGGAGCAGUAUUGCAUCAGGCAAAGGUAGUAACCCUGAAUGGAACGAAAGCUUUGUCUUCACCGUGUCAGACCAUGCUACGGAGCUGGUGAUCAAGCUUAUGGACAGCGACUCGGGCACAUCGGACGACUUCGUUGGUGAAGCAACGAUUCCUUUGGAAGCAGUUUAUACCGAAGGGAGCAUUCCACCAACAGUUUAUAAUGUUGUGAAAGGUGAACACUACUGUGGAGAAAUCAAAGUCGGUCUCACAUUCACUCCCGAGGAUACUCGCCAGCGCGGUCUCCCCGAAGACUUCGGUGGCUGGAAACAAUCGCAUUGAGCAGAUUCGUAAGAACAAGGAUUCUCGUCAAGCCUUGAGGCUUGAAUCACCAUCUCAUGCAAAUAUAAUACGAAACUCAGUCAAUUUUUCCUCGAACCAAAAAACUCAGUCACUUUGGAUUUUUAUCUGUUCCUUUUGAGCUGAAAGUCAGUUUGGCUUCAUCAAUCAUGUUAGAAGUGAAUUUAAACUGUAGAUAUCUGCAAUUCCUGCAUUAAGUGUCUUCUUAGUACUGGAAAUAAUAGUAUACUGUUUAUGACGCCUUUCCAAAACAGUCUGCUUUUGGCUGCCUGGUUACAGUAGCAAUAUAACUACACCUAUUUGACUC